GAAGUGAAAAAGGGGCGAAAGGAUAGAGGUGAGAGUUUUGGGAGUUUAGAGACCGUGAUGGUUUAUAUCAAUCUGCCUUCAACAUGAAGUUAAUUACUCGCACUAGAAACAUACAAAGGAAAGGAACCCCACUCCACCUCGUUCGGCCUCUGAAUCAUUCAAUUCAAGAUUUCAAAACCCUCAUUUCCCAAAUCUUUCCAUUUUCACUUUGUGAAUGCAUUCAGGUAAAUAAAUAACAAGAGCGUUAUAGACAGAAAAAAGGGAAAAAAAAUGGCGGAGACAAGAAAGAAUAAUAAGAAAGAGGUGAUCCGAUUGGAGCCAGAAUCUGUCAUUCCAAUCCUCAAGCCUAAACUCACCGUGCACCUAGCCAACCUUAUUGAGCAUACUUCUGAUCGCACUGAAUUUCUGAAACUCUGCAAGAGAGUUGAGUACACCAUUCGAGCUUGGUAUCUUUUACAAUUUGAAGAUCUCAUGUGCAUGCAGCAAUUGUACUCCCUCUUUGAUCCUGUGUAUGGGGCUGAGAAAUUGGAGCAGCAGAACUUAUCUCCGGAUGAAAUUGACAUUCUUGAACAGAAUUUUUUGACGUACUUGUUUCAGGUGAUGGAAAAGAGCAAUUUUAAGAUAGCCACCAAUGAAGAGAUUGAAAUUGCACAUUCAGGGCAAUAUCUUCUCAAUCUUCCCAUCACAGUUGAUGAAUCUAAGCUUGAUAAGAAGCUUCUGAAGAGAUAUUUUGAGGAGCAUCCUCAUGAAAACCUUCCAGACUUUGCUGAUAAGUAUGUUAUCUUUCGACGUGGGAUUGGAAUUGAUAAGACAACUGAUUACUUUUUCCUGGAGAAAGUGGAUGUGAUCAUUGCACAUCUGUGGGCGUGGAUUUUGAGAAAGACCAGGUUAGAAAGGAUUUUGUCUAGGAGAUCAAGUUCACUACAUAAAGAGGAUCCAAAAAAAGACGAUGAAAUCACUGCUGAGGUUGAGCAAGAUGGAUUAUAUGCUGAACGUGUUCGUCUUGAGAAAAUGAAACUAAGUCUAAGCAAUCUUCUGAGCAAAAUCACUAUUCAAGAACCCACAUUUGAUAGGAUAAUUGUUGUUUACAGGCGAGCAAGUUCCCAAACAAAAGCAGAGCGUGGGAUAUAUGUCAAGCAUUUCAAAACCAUACCGAUGGCUGAUAUGGAAAUUGUCCUUCCAGAGAAAAAAAAUCCCAGUUUAACUCCAAUGGACUGGGUCAAAUUUCUUAUCUCUGCUGUAGUUGGACUGGUGGCUGUUGUAGGUUCAGUUGAAAUGCCUAAAGCUGAUUUCUGGGUCAUGUUUGCCAUUCUCUCCACAGUGAUCGGUUAUAUUGCUAAGACAUACUUCACGUUUCAACAGAACAUGGCUACAUAUCAGAACUUGAUCACUCGGUCAAUGUAUGACAAACAACUAGAUAGUGGAAAGGGCACACUUCUUCACUUGUGUGAUGAUGUAAUUCAACAAGAAGUAAAGGAGGUGAUAAUUUCAUUUUUCAUAUUAAUGGAGCAGGGGAAAGCUACUCUGGAGGAUCUUGACCAUCGAUGCGAGGAUCUAAUACAGGAUGAGUUUGGUGAACGAUGCAACUUUGAUGUUGAUGAUGCGGUCCAUAAAUUAGAGAAAUUAGGCAUUGUUUCUCGGGAUUCAAUUGGAAGGUAUUUUUGUGUCGGUCUCAAGCGUGCAAACGAGAUAAUUGGCACGACCACUGAAGAACUUGUCAUGAAAGCAGCACAGUUUUCCGGUGUCUCCUGAUUCUUGUAUGACAUUUCCUUACCUAUCAAAAGCUCUUUUGUUUUCCAGUGACUCCUGAUUAUGUGUGUGGAGGUACGUGGAAAGUAUGACAUUUCCUUGCUGAUGAAAAGCUUGUUUCUACCCCACUAGCUGUAAAUCUCAACGACCCUUUAGUGUUUAUUGGUUAGUUUUUAGUGAAGGCAUGAUGAAUGAAUCGAGUUGUUUCUUACUACGACUUCGAGAUUGGCUUAUAAACCAAAUAGCAGGGGCAACUUGAGACUUCAACUCAAUCAAAUGAAGAGGAUGAUGGUUUCAGUGUUGAUCUAUUUCAUUACAUUCUCAAACACUAAAGUCAUCCAAUUAAUCGGUGUCCACGCAAAAAAUAAAAAAUGGAAGUGGUGAAAAUUUCUUCAAAUCAGCCCAAUCAAUUCUUUUAUAUUGUUCUAGUGUGCAAUCCCCUUUGUAUUUUAGUGCAAAAGACUGUAUGAUAAGAACUAUUUUCAUUCCUCUA